AUGCUUUCGUUACUUACAUCCUCACCAUACAAAUGGCCAAUCCUUUUUGGCAUAUCAGUCACUUUCCUCAUCUUGUACAAGGUGAUCGGAGCCCUCUUGGAUCCUCUACGCGAUGUUCAAGGACCAGCGCUUGCCCGAUAUACUCGUCUGUGGGAGGUGUACAGGAAUUGGGAGGGUCAACUAGAGCAUGUUACAGUCGCGCUGCACAGACAAUAUGGCCCCAUUGUCCGGCUGGCACCGAACCGAUAUAGCAUCAGCGAUCCGACAGCGAUCCGCACCAUAUACGGCGCCGGCUCCAAAUUUAGCAAAUCUUCCUAUUACUCUCCCUUUGGUGCCCCCGACAUGGCCCACGCCGACGUCUUUUCCGAGACUAAUAACGCCAAGCACGCCCUGGAGCGCCGAAAGACGUCGAACAUGUACGCCAUGAGCUCCCUGGUGUCCUACGAGCCGUUUGUCGACAAGGUCAAUGGGGGAUUCAUGGAUGCGUUGGCUGGACACGCCCGGACAGGUCGUGCGUUCGAUCUGUUUUCGUGGAUGCAGUUCUAUGCUUUUGAUGUCAUUGGCGAGAUCACCCUGGGACGGUCCUUUGGUCUGGUCGAGGCUGGCUACGAUAAAGACGCGCUCCUCCACGCCGUUCAUGUCGGGUCUAUAACCUAUGGUUCCAUGGUGGGCUUGGUCCCAGAACUACAUCCGUGGUACCUUUGGCUUCAGAACGUCUUGCCGAUCCCGAGUCACUGGAAAGAUACACAGCGAGUAAUUCUGAGGGAAAUCGGUGCGAGAAUGGAGGCUGGCGAGGGCCCCGACGAUCGCAAAGACUUUCUCCAAAAGUGCGUCGAGCUGAGCAAGGAGGGCAAGGUGGACGAGUUCACCAUCAACAACGUCCUCGGAUCCAAUAUUGGCGCCGGCUCCGACACCACGGGCAUCAGCAUGACUGCCAUCAUCUACUUCCUCAUGAAGAAUCCAAAGUGCUUACAAAAGCUUCGCGACGAGAUUGAGACGGCUCAACGAGAAGGGAAUCUCUCUGAUCCCGUCACCUUUCAACAAGGACAGAAUCUUUCCUACCUGCAAGCUACCAUCAAGGAGGCCCUGCGACUGCACGCGGCCGUGGGCCAGAUUCUGAGCAGGGUGGUUCCAGAAGGCGGUGCACAGCUCGCCGGACGACAUUUCCCCCAAGGUACUGUGGUGGGUAUAAAUGCCUACACCAUUCAUAGCGACGAGAGCAUCUGGGGUAAAGACGUACUCGAGUUUCGACCUGAACGCUGGCUGGUAAGAAAAGAAGAGCUUGCCAUCUUGGAUCAGCACUUUUUGGCUUUUGGAGCCGGCGCGCGAACCUGCAUCGGCAAGAACAUCUCAAUGCUCGAAAUGUCCAAACUCCUCCCGCAACUCGUGCGAAGAUUUGACUUUGUCCCCGCAGGAGACACGGAGUGGAAGACAAGCAGUGGCUGGUUUGUCAAGCAGAAGAUCCAGGUCAAGGUCAUUGACAAGGAAGGAUAA